CCGAGCCCGUUCUAGUAGGGAGUUUACGGUAACCGGAACGGUAAACAAAUAUACGCCGCCAUGCGCAGUGCGUGCUGUACGCGAACGCGUUUCUCCCUCUGUUUUUUACAGGCGUGUUUUCAGUGCAUGUAUAUAAACAUGUAAAUCGAUUCCCUUUUAAACUGACCUGCACUACAUCUCGCUGCAUUGCAAUUCAAUGCAAUGUCAGCUGCAUGCAUGAGGGCUGCUAGAGAGCUGGAUAACCCUAGCUGAUCUGUGCGAGCAUUCAUUGAGAACAUUUCAUUGACAUUAAACAAAAGGUACCAGUAAUUGUAAUGCAUUUCUCAAAAAAAUGCUCCGUGUUUAAGGUGGUGCUCAGUGCACUUCUUGUUGUUGCAUUGUUGCAGCUCUUAUAUCUGUCUUUCCUCUCAAAAUUGCACGGCAAACAGCAGCGAUACAAGUAUUCUGAGCUCUUCGGCUCCAAAAAGACAGCAAACCAAGGAGAGAAGAACCCCAGACGGGAACAUCUCAGAUACUCGUUAUCCACAGGUGGGAUCUUCGAUGGGAGCGGACAGUACCGUGUGUAUAAAAACCUAAUCAAAAGCGACUUCUUGACCAAUCAGAAGCCAGGAGCGGAUCCCAGAUCGCACCACCUGGCUUUGGCCACGCAUACGACUAUCAACAACCUUCACCAUUUGAACGCUUUGUUGGAGCGCUGGCAGAAUCCUCUAUCCAUCGCGAUAUUCGCCAACGGCCAGGAUGUUAAGUUCGCCACGGCGUUCGUUUACGCCCUCAGCAUUUUCUGCCCACAGGUUCAAGAAUUGGUGGACUUCCAUCUGGUUUGCCUCUCGGGUGAAAUGGCCAGUUUUCCAGACCAGGAUCGAGAGCAUUUCGCCGGUAUGGAGGAGAAGGGCUGCUCCGGCGUCUUCGCCAAGCUCGAAUCCCACCGAGACAGGUAUAAGAACUACGCCAUCGGCAGCAACGUCUCGUACCCCAACAACCUUCUCCGCAACGUGGCCCGCAGCGGCACGGACGCUGCCUACAUCCUGGUCAUCGAUAUCGACAUGAUACCCAGUGCCAAUCUGCACCACCAGUUCGUGACCAUGCUGAUGAGGCAUGAACCAGCCGCGGACGAGGUCCUCGUGCUUCCUGCGUUCGAGAUCAGACACACUCGUAAGAUGCCUGCGACCAAGUCGGAGCUGGUGCAGCUCUAUCAGGUGGGUGAGGUGCGGCCGUUCUACGAUGAGCUUUGCCCUCGCUGUCAAGCUCCCACUAACUACUCACAGUGGGUCAACCUGGCCAUCAAGAGCUCUGGGCCCCUGGAGGUGGCGUACACCAUCAACUGGGCCGAUCCGUGGGAGCCUUUCUACAUCGGUGCUCAAUCUGUUCCUCUUUAUGAUGAGAGCUUCAGGCAGUACGGCUUCAACCGCAUCAGUCAGGCCUGUGAGCUUCACGUCGCCGGUUACAGGUUCUCUGUGGUGAGCAAUGCGUUUGUGGUGCACAAAGGGUUCAAGGUCCAGGGAGAGUUUCACAGCAGAAAGGACGAGGAGAACCGGAAGAACCGCAUCCUCUUCCGCAGCUUCAAGGAGAGCCUGAAGGCCAAGUAUCCGACCUCACCUCGCCACUGCUGAGAAAACAGAUGCUAAUGAGAGAGAUCACACCGACUCCUGACCAACAUCUGCCAGACUUAAUGUGAUGCACAAAUCUCCACUCGUUUCAAAACAUGAAGAACUGUACUGUCAAAGGAGAUGUACUUGAACGCUCAUUAUUUGAUCUAUAAGCUGAGGACAUGAUCCUUCACGCUUUUAAUGAGAGAAACUAAAUAAAGAUUUUUUAUUUAUAUGUUUUGUUUUCGGUACAUUUGUAACUCCUUUGGGUUUUGAGGACAAGAUAUAAAUGUCUUCAAAGUUAACUUAUUUAUUAGAUUUUUUAUGCUACUUUCCAUCUCACUUUUCUGAGGUUUUCACUGCAUUUUAAUACAUUUUUUCACUUUUUUCCCCCAAACUGAAGGCAAGACUCCCAUGUGAGACUUUAUUAUCAUACUUUUCUAGUUAAUUGAUUAUGUUAAGAAUUGCAUUUAAUAUUUUUUUUUUUUAUAAUAUACAUGUUUUCUGAAAAACUGUGAAGGUUUAAAUAUGUAAUUAAGUAUGCAUACAUUUCCUGAGCAGAAAUGGGUAAAGCCGGAUUCAAAACUGUUUAAUUUGGUUGACGUCAGAGUCAAAUGGGUUUUUACAGAAGAUUUUUACAAAAGUGUUUAGGAAUCAAAUGUAUAAAAUCAGGUGAAUGGUAUUAUAUAAACAAAUCCAAGUAUGUGCUGCUGAAGUAUAGAGAAAAAAACCAUUUUGAGAAAAAGGCAUGUAUUGCAACUGAAAUCUACAGACACAAAUAGAUAAAUUGCAAUAAACUCCAAAAGCAUAUUUGCAAUAUUUUAAAAACAAAUUUUAAGCAUCCAAAAGCAUAUUUGGAUGUGUUCUUCUCACUAGACUGAAACAACACGUCAUGAAGAGCCAAACAGCCCAAAAUCAGUGCAUGAAAAACUCUGUUUAAGCCUGUAGUGUCUGAGAAACGUUUCUCCCGCUAAGCAGUAGCUGAAUACUGAUGGUUCAUAUUACAGUACAGUGAGUCUGUACAGUAUAGUUUAUAAGAGAAAGAGUGUGGUGCAGCUGUAUCUCAUGAAGUGACUGUAACGCCACACGUGUUUGAGUUACAGUCGAGACAAGCUCUCGUAAAGACCCACAGAUUAGAUUUAAAGCUAUUAACAUAUUAAGACUUUUAUGCUAAUAGAGACUCUAAAGACGUCUGAUGAUAUUACACAACUGGGGAGUGGUGUCUGAAAAUCAUAUUAGUGUUUUAAUUAUACUGUGGAUUAGGGGUAGAUGACAAUUAAGCAACAUUGGAUUAAUGCAGGUAUGUACAGGUUUUAGUACAAGCAGUGCAUUGUAGUUUUUAACACUUGAAUGGGGAUUAUAUAUAUUAUCCUUUGUUUUUGGGUAAAAAUAACCAAUUUUCUUUUACUUCAUAAGAUUGUUUACUGAUUGCAAUAGUGUUAUUAUUUUAAUUUUUUUUAACAUUAGUCUCCAUUAAUAAUAUUUUGUUAAUUUUUGUCAAAGGAGUGUUUUGGUUAUUUGUUAGUGUUGUGUAGUAAUGAAAGCAUGAAUGUUGUGACACUGGAAAAAUGCUGUUAAUCCAGAAAACUUGUUGUGAAACUGAAAAAAAGUUUUUUUUAAGUUUUAUAAAAUUGUGACAUGUGGACAUGUAAUUAUUUGAUUGCACAUGAUUAUGCAACUAACUCCGGAUUAGUUUUUAUUGAAUGGUGAUAUUUUGUGAAUAAUUGCUUGGUUAUUAUAUCAACUUGCUUGUUUUGUAUCUAUCUACAACAUAGUGUUCUUGCAUAUGUGAGUGCUCAUCUGGUUGUAUUCUAGGUGCUUGACUGCAAGGAAAACUUAAAUGUGAUUAACAAUAUAAUUGUGCAAUUUUUAAGAUAUUUAAAUAGACAUAUAUCAUCUUUCAUAAAGGUGGAGAAAACACUACAACCAUUAUUUUUUUAUUAUUUUGUUUUUUUGUUGACAGGAACAUGCAUCCAGUCAAACUCAGUGGCAUUUAAGCACAAAAUGCAUCUGUCAUUUGGCAGAAAGUAGUGAAAUUAGGCAGAUGCAUUUCAGCCAAAAUAUAGAGUUUGGUUGGAUGCACUGUAUAAUUUCACAAAAUUAUAUGAGAGACAGAACUACAUGGAAGAUGUGUUUUACACAUUAACUGUGCUAAUUUGUGUAUUGUUGGGUCUAAAUAGUAAUGCAAUACUUUAUGAAUGUUUGAUUUUAAGUACGCUUUCAUUUAUUUCUGAAGUAAAUUAAACUGUUUAGGUAGCCAACUUUGUUGAUGUAAAAUCCGGGUGCUAAAGCAAAAAACGGCAACCGCUGUUGUAGAUCAAAGCCAUUAAAAAAGUUGACCGGAAGUCGCGCACAAUCACGUAAUUUUUUUUUAACAAGUCUCAUUGCAUAGACAUAUAGUAUGUGAGUUUAUUAGUCAGUGAAGCCUACACUUCUAAACGUCCGCGUGUCGUUGCAGAAGUGAACCAGUAGGGGGCACCAAGUGUGAGUUUCAUGUUCCAGAUCACCUGUGUGGGAUCAUGUUAGUCGUAUUUUACCCGAAACUCCGUGCACUACAGCGCCUGGAUUAGUGUCUGUGUGUCUGUGUGUCAGAAGGUUUAGCUGCUCUUCACCUCCUCUGAUUAGAUCAGUCUUGAGUCUGGCAGAUCGGCGCGUUUACAACAGUAAACAGUGCUGAGGAGCGCGCAGACAAACCGUUUAUUUCGGUUCUGCUCAGUUGCUCAACGAGAUUGAACUGCCACAGUCUACUAGAUUAUUUUGCCAUCGUCCUUAAUCAUUCAGUUCUUAUCAUAAUAAAGACAUUAACGUUUCUGGAGAGACGAAUUGCGCUGUAGUGAAAUACUGACACCAGCUGACAGGGAGCGUUCUCUCAGAGUUCUUCCGGUAACGCUAACAGAACGUUCCUUUCCCGAAACAUUUAUUUGGAAUGUUCAUAUAAAAAGAAGUUCCGACAACAUUUUAAUAACUUAGCAACAUAUUUUUGUUGGCUGGGAACAAGUGUUUUAAUUUCAUAAAUGACAAUAUUUGUGCUGAUGUCAUAGUUAACAUUUAUUUAUUUAGUUUUAUUCUACAUAAUUUUAUUACCGUAUAAAGCAUCAUUAUGCAGGGAAGACUCAUAUUUUACCUGGAAGCAAA